GUCAGUACAUCCAUGCCUCACAUCAGGGUAUGGGCAAGAAGGACAAGCAGGAGCAGCUGCUUUUCCAGUGCUUCUUGUCUGGGCGUAGCUGGGUCUUAGGCGAGGCGCAGGAGGUGCGCCAGGCACUGUCUGCUCUCGGAGAGUAUGACCUGCUGCACACCUUCGUGGCAGUGAUGUCCGGUGGGUUGAAUAUGGCGAAGUCAGUUUUGCGCCUUCACUUCAGCAUAGAUCCGGGUGCAUACCAGAACUUGCCCGAACCCGCGUGCAAGCAGUGGGAGGUUGGCCUGAUGCCCUGGUAUCGUGAGUUUCAUCGGACGGACAUGCACUCACGCUGCCGGCACGGCAUGCUCCUGGCUAGAAUCUUGCGAGGUAUGUUGGGCGACGGGCUGACGAGUGGACUACACGAAGAAUCGCUGGACAUUCUUCGUUUGCCACUCCCAAUGCGAGGGCCUCAAGCCCAAGCGAUUGACUUCGAUCUCGACCAGGCAGACAGAGCGGACUCGAGUUGCAAGUAUCGCAAUGUCGUAGCAUGUCGACUCUGCCUCUAUCGGCUCUGCCCAGCCCCGCCUGCCCGAAGCUCCUUCGAUAGCAGGCGUGGAGGCUCCGAUGCCGAGGAUGCGGUGCCGCCCCCUUCUGGCCGCGUGUGCGGGCUCGUGGGCUUCGUCGCCGGAAGCAUCUUCCCGGAGAGCAGAAUUUCUGGGCGGUCUGAGUUGGUGCGGAUGCAGGUCAACAGCAUCGCGAAGGACGAUGACUGGGUUAACGAGUUUCUUUCCUACUCACGGCCACAGCCUGUAGGUGGUGAGUACGUGAUGCCGCCCGAGGUGGCCAAAGCAGCACUAGAAGAAAUCUACGGAGAAGGUCCUGACCUGCAGAACAUCGACCUGGAUGAGCUGGAGGAGGACGAGGAUGAGGGCCCCUAUGCCUAUGCCAGCCAGCGGCCAUAUAAUGCGAAGGAAGCUCGAUCGGAAAUCCACGAGAUGGAACGCAUGCGCAGGAAAGCAGACCCUUCCAAAUCACCAGGCAAGACCCGACGGAAAGCCAGAGUAAGAUGGAACAUGGUGCCGGGAAUUCAGAAGUACGUUGGAGUCGUGCCACGCAGCAUUGCGACUGGCACAACUGGGACAAUGAGCAGCAGCUCCUACAGAUCCCAUCAAGAUGUCUGGAUCAGUGGGGGCUCUGUUCAGUAUGACUACGAAGACAAGCCCUGGUUAGCCCUAGCAGUGGCAAAGAAGGACUCCGUAAUCAGCAACGAAGACAAGCCGGAGAAGUCAGCUGAUGACACGAGAUCAGGCUCGAAAGCGCCACCCAAAAGGUUCUUGAACAACGUACAGGUCUGCUGUGCUUUGGUCGGCUGUGAGUCACCACUUGGCUUGAAGCAUCAUUUCGAGGCCGACUCGAAUCAGAAAGCUUCGCGCUGCUAUCGGCGCUGUGGCAUCGCAGGCUUGGCCGCAGGUCAACAUGUGGGUCAUCACAAGAAGGCCGCCGGAGGGGCGGAGGGGGGCGCGAAUCCCUUCUACCCGCUGGUCUUGCCGACGGCAGAGCUCCCAGAGAAUGGUUAUGGCCACUGCUACCCGCUCCACAAAGUGUUCCAAUACUUCUAUGCUGGCACGGAGAAGAUUCUAUGCAGCAUUGACGACUCCAAGACAUUGCCUGGACGUGUCGGAGUGUCCAUUUGCCAUGAAGCGGCUGCAGCCGUGCAGCUCAACAGUGACAUGAACAAGACGCUUUCAGAAUGGCAGAAGACGCGGGCGGAAGGGCUAACCGAGAGGAGCAGAGAGAUACUCUGCCCCAGAAGUGGCGGAGAAGAUGCACUGGACAUGCACAGUGUCUUCAUCCUGGACAACAUCGACCUGGUCCACGCGUGCUCGAAGGGGGGAAGGGAGGGACAGGAGACCAAGGGGAAGGAGUGUGAGCUGGACUACCACAUCAGAGCGACACGGUCAGCAUUCUUCAACAAGCAAGGUGGGACUGUGACCGGAUUAAAGUCACUCGAUGAUGACAAAAAGCAGCAGAUGACCGCGAUCAGGCGGAAGCAGCUCGCAUUGAAGCGACAACAGGUGCCUUUUGGGCCUGGAAGUCUCACUGCAGCAGAUCCUUUCUUCUGGUUCUGCCAUGGCGACUUCUACCUCUACACCUUCCCUGCCAAUCAGGUGCCGCGCAGCCUGUUGCAAGAUCCAACAACGGUGACCUGCCGCUACGCCGACUUUGUGUCACGCAGUGGAACUCCAGUCAGGCGCUCCGAUGCAGCCUUACCGGCAGAGGCUGAGGAUGCGCCUCCAAGCAGCUGUCUUUGUCAGCCUACGGACAUGACGGACCACUUGAGGAAACGCUGGGAGGUGCCUGUUGUGUUCCCAGAUGAACAGCGCCUUCUGCUAGGCGAUUCUGGGUGGUUCCCAGGCGCUUUGGGUUUCCGCUUCGUCUUUGAGGCAUCGACGGACAGUGUGGAGCGCUAUGUGCUUCUGGAUACAAUGCCACAGGCCUCACUGGUGUACAUGCAGCAUGUGUGGCGACCAGACAAGAAGGCUUUGAAAGCCUACCCGAAGGAAGCCAGACGCGAGCAAGGUGUCUACAAAGUCAGGAAAGAUAUCCACUCCAGUGAGUCCAGCGGGGAGGAGGACGAUUCCGACGCAUCAGACAGCAAGGAUGAAGAGCCCUUCACAGCUGCCCUGCGCCGCAGGCUGCCGUAUUUCUACAAGCGGAAAAAGGGCACGAAGUGUCCCCAGAAGGAGGAUGGUGAAGAAGACAAAAGUGGUUGGGAAACGGUUGACUACAUGCUACCACCUCUGCCAGGAGGGUAG